ACCAGAUUUACCACUUGUCCAAAAAUCUCUUAACAUUUUCGAUCCGUCAAAGACAAAAUUCCAUUUGAGAUGCCCAGAGUUUACAACAUUCCAUGCAUAUGGGGAAUACAUUGGAGAGACCGGACGAAAAACUAGGUUCAAAGAACAUGAAAAAACCUUAAGACUAAGACAAAUAAACUCAUCAUCAGUUGCCGAACACCAUCACGAAACCGGUCAUAAAAUUUUAUUCGAUAAAACUAAAAUUCUUGCAUGUAAUCAAUUCUUCUACUAACGAAAAAUCCCAGAGUCUAUAUAAAUCUAUAAGCAACUUAACAAUCUUAACCGACUCUCAGAUCUCUACCUGUCACAAUAUAAAAGCAGGUACUGAGUAAAAUGCGAGCCAGUUUCAGUCAAGCUCUGAAGAAGCCAACAGGAUGAUUGUCGAAACGUUAGCUAAUUCGACUCAACAAAAACCGGCGCAGGAGGAAUCCAGAAGUUUUAUCAAAAAUUCACUUUCUGACGACGUGAGGCCUCACGAUGUGCACGAUUCGGCAAAACUGACGCGCGACUUGUGCGACUAUCGAUGCACUACCAGGUCCAAGUUAAAAAGACAUUCUGUUGCGCAUAAAACUGCGCACGAGGUGUCUUUAUACCAGUGCAACAACUGCGAUUACCAAAGUAAAUACAAAAGAAACUUGGUACAGCACAUACAGCGGCGUCACUCGGCCAUCGGCGAGCGAAGAUUCAAGUGCGACUCUUGCGAUUAUCGGUGCAUUAAUAACUCCGAUUUGAAAAAACACCGCGUAGUGCACGAAAGCGGGAGAAGGUUGACCUGCAAUUUGCGUUAUCGGUCCGUCUCCGUCACGUCCAAGCUGGAGAAUCAUUUCGUAGUACGCAAAAGCGCGGACGACGCCCCCUUAAAAUGCGACAGAUGCGAUUAUCAUAGCAAAUACAAAAGCAAUAUGGUGAAGCACAUAAAACGACACUCGGCCAUUCGCGAGAAAAAAUUUAUGUGCGACAUCUGUGAUUACCGAUGUGUCACCAAACUGGACUUGAACAAACACUCCAUAUUGCACGAGCAUCCAGACAAAUUGAAAUUAUAUUAUAAAUGCGACAGUUGCGAUUUCCUCACCAAAUACAAAGACAGCUUUUUGACGCACACGAAGCGCCACCUGGUGAGCGUCGGCGAGAAAACCUUCAACUGCGACUUAUGCGAUUACCGAUGCGUUGCCGAGUCCGCUUUGAAAAGGCACUCCGUAUCACAUAAAAAUCCGGAGGAUGUGACUUUGUACAAGUGCGACAGUUGCGAUUUUCGAACCAAGUACAGAAAAAACUUCCUGUCGCACACGAAACGAUACUCGAGUACCGGAGAGGCAGGGUUCAAGUGCGGUUUGUGUGAAUAUCGGUGCGAUAUUAAAUGCGAAUUAAAGAAACACUGCGUGGUGCACCAAAGUGUGAACGAGGAGUCCCUAUAUAAGUGCAACUCCUGCGAUUAUCAGACCAAGUACAAAGGGAGUUUGGUGGCGCACUCGAAGCGGCACUCCGCCACCAGCGAGAAAAGAUUAAAGUGCGAUCUGUGCGACUAUCGGUGCUUUAUUAAGUCCGAAUUGCAGAAACACUCUAUUGUGCAUAAAAACGCGGACGAGGUGCCCCUGUACAAGUGCGACAACUGCGACUAUCAAACUAAGUACCGCGGAAGUUUUUUGUUGCACUCGAAACGACACUCGGGGAACGGCGGAAAAACGUUCAAGUGCGAUUUGUGCGAGUAUCGCUGUUUUACGAAGUCGGAUUUGAAAAAGCACACUCUAGUGCACAAAAAGCCCGAAGAAGUGCCUUCAUACAAAUGCGACAAUUGCUAUUUUCAGACCAAAUAUAAACACAGCAUAUUGAAACACAUCAGGCGGCAUGGCAGCGAAGGGACAUAGUUAUACAACACGCAAUUGUGAUUCGGUUUCAUUUGGCGUGAAUCCAGACGGCUUAAGCGAUUCGUGGUCGGAUGAUUUGAAAUCACUGUCAAAACCAGAUGCUUCCGAUUCCGACAAAAUGACGUUAUACAAGUGGCGACGGCGAAAAACGAUUCAAGUGCGGCUUGUGUGGCCAUCGAUACAAUAUCAGCUCCCAUUUGAAGAAACAUUCUUUAGUGCACAAAAGGGGCGACGAGGUGCAUCUGUAUAAGUGCAACUACUGCGAUCAACAAACCAAAUACAAAACCAGUUUGUUGAGGCAUAUUAAACGGCGACAUUUGAUUCAAGAUUCAAGUGCGAUUUAUGCAAUUACCGGUGCUUUAGUAAAUUUGAAUUCAGGAGACACUCCUCGGUGC